AUGCACCCUUCCACCCAUCUCAGCUCCUAUGAGCAAUUGGCCAGGGUCACACCAUCGGCCCCGGUCGACCCGGACUUGACAUACCUGGUAACAUCUCAUUUUUCGGCAGUUGGUAAGGGCAUUGUAGUAGUGCCUACUCUCCUGACGGGGUUGACGCAUUCCAACAUUGCGAUUUGCCUAAUUGUUCAUCUUCCCCCUGUGCAGCUGGAGGACCGCUUCCCCGUGGCGAAGAUGAUCUCCACUGAAGACUUGCUGUGCGUGAUGUCCACGGAUGAGGAGCAGAGGCAAAAGAUACAGAGGGAGGUCCUCUGGACCACAACCGUUAAAACCUCUCGCCCUCUCCUAACUUGUUUCAUCUAUUUCUCACAGCCUAGGAAACCACAGCGAGUCAAGGUGGAGGGACUCCUCGACACGGGGGCGGACGUUACAAUCAUAGCCUCCAAGGACUGGCCGCAUGGGUGGCCAGCCCAAACAGCAUAUGUUCAAGUCAGUGGUGUGGGGGGAACCCAAUACCCUGUCAGGAGCAGAGAGGUACUCACCAUCUAUGGGCCAGAGGGCAGACCAGCGACUCUGCAACUAUUUUUAGGAGGGGUCACUGAAGUACUGCAGCUCCCCAGACUGAGCUGGAAAACAGAAACGCCAGUCUGGGUUGAUCAGUGGCCCCUACCGUACAAAAAGCUGCAAAUUUUAAACGAAUUAGUGAAUCAAGAAUUGGCAAAAGGACACCUGGAGUCUUCCAUCAGUCCCUGGAACACUCCAGUGUUUGUCAUACAAAAAUCCUCAGGUUCCUGGAGAUUUCUUCAGGACCUGCGAAAAAUCAAUGAAGUCCUUGAACCAAUGGGAGUCCUCCAGUAGGGAAUGCCUUCACCAUCCAUGCUCCCUGCUGAAUGGCCCCUAGUGGUCAUUGAUAUUAAGGGCUGUUUUUUUCAUAUCUUUCUCAAUCCAGCUGAUUCGGUCAGAUUUGCUUUUUCAGUCCCUGCAAUCAACGCUUGUGAACCCCACCGCAGGUUCCAGUGGCGAGUGCUUCCCCAGGGGAUGAAAAAUUCCCCAACGCUCUGCCAGAUGUUCGUGGUAGAAGUGUUGAGACCCAUUCGACAGAAGUACCCGCAGUCAAUCAUCUUUCAUUACAUGGAUGAUGUGUUGAUCUGCGCCAAAUCUCAAUUGGCAGUAGACGAGACUCUAAAUUCAACAAUUUUGGCUCUAAAAGAAAAAGGAUUGGCGAUAUCCCCUGAGAAAGUACAAAGGGAAGCACCUUGGAGGUAUUUAGGACUCCAAAUUACAAAAAAGGCUAUAAAGCCUCAGAUGAUUGAAAUUGACCGAAGAGUCCACACUUUGAAUGACCUCCAGAAGCUACUAGGAGCUAUUAAUUGGAUCAGACCUGUGCUGGGGAUCACAACCGGAGAUCUGCACCCCCUUUUUGAGCUGCUAAAAGGAGAUGCUGACCUGUCCUCUCCCAGGGUUUUAACAUCAGAAGCAGUGAGGGCCCUUACCAUUGUCGAAAAAAAGUUAUCGCAGAGACAAGCAUUUAGGAGGAUGGAGGGACUGCCAUCCUCCCUAGUGGUACUUCGAGAACAACGUCAACCUUUGGCCCUCCUGGGCCAAUUUAUGAGCGACUACAAAGACUUUUGUUUAUGGGAGUGGAUGUUCCUCCCCCAUCAAUUUGGCAAAACUAUCACCACAAUAGUAGAAAUGAUUGGCAAAAUAAUAUCCAAAGGUCGCACUAGGUGUUUAGAGCUCAGUGGGGAAGAGCCAAAUUCCAUCUAUCUCCCCCUGACCUCUGAACAUCUAGAUCAACUGCUGCAAAGCUCUAUUGAUUUUCAAAUUGCCAUCGGGGGCUACCCGGGAGAGAUUAGGUUACACCUCCCGGCGUGUCCGUUUAUACAAAGACUAGUCCAAAUUCCAGUGAAAUUAAAAAUUAUGCAAUCAGAAAUACCUAUUCAAAAUGCAAAGACAGUUUUCACCGAUGGCUCGGGGAGAACAGGUAAUGCAGUUGUAGUUUGGAAAGAAAAAGAUGAUUGGCACCAAGAUAUUCAUAAAGUACAGGGUUCUCCCCAAAUAGUAGAGCUUUCAGCAGUUGUGCGAGCCUUUGAAAUUUUCUGUGGUGAGUCGAUUAACAUAGUUUCAGAUUUGGCCUAUGUCGUUGGUGUGGUCAAGAGAAUUGAAAAUUCACAUUUGAAAGAAGUGGCAAACGAAAAUUUAUUCAGACUGUUAACCAAAUUAUUGUUUCUUAUAGAAAAAAGAGAAUUCGAAUAUUACGUUGUCCACACCAGGUCACACACCGCUUUACCCGGUCCUGUGGUGGAGGGAAAUCAAGUUGCCGACCAUCUGGCAGGUAUGGCUGUAACCCCUAACUUAUACCGACAGGCGAAACUUUCACAUGAAUUCUUCCACCAGAAUGCGCGGUCACUGCAAAAACAAUUUGGCCUAAAAUUAUCCCAAGCAAAAGAAAUUCUAAAAGCGUGCUCUGAUUGCCAAACAUUUUCACCUGUUGUUCCUGAGGGAACAAACCCGAGGGGUUUAUCACCCUUAGAAAAUUGGCAAUCAGAUGUCACUCAUGUGGUUGAAUUUGGCAAGCUAAAAUAUGUACAUGUGUCCAUUGACACAUUCUCCAAAAUGAUUGUGGCCACCGCGCAUCCUGGAGAAAGAAGUAGCCAUGUCAAAAAACACUUCCUGUCUGCAUUCGCAAGGAUGGGUGUCCCCAAACAAGUGAAAACGGACAAUGGACCCUCCUAUGUGUCUGCAGACACGAAGAAGUUUUUUGAACAAUGGGGGAUACAACAUACCACUGGCAUCCCUCACAAUCCCACAGGACAGGGUAUAGUGGAGCGUGCCCACCAAAAUGUCAAAAAUCUACUUAAAAAACAAAAAGGGGGGAGUAUUGGCCUGUCUCCCCAAGAAAGAUUAGAGAAAGUAAUGUAUGUUUUAAAUUUUUUAAAUAUGAUGGAGGAAUCAGACACUCACUUAAACAAAAGUCCUGUAGAUCGCCAUUUUAGAACAGUUUCUCCAUCGCUGCCCUUUCCCCUUGAUCACCUGGGGGAAGGGCUACGCAUGUAUUUCAGGUUCUGA